AUGCCCUCCAUCACGGACAGCCCUCCUCGUGCUCCCCCCAUCAAGUAUACCGCUCACCUGGGAACACGCUGGCAAAAGGAAAAGGCUGCUGCUGGAAAUGGUGCCUUUGAAUACCCAGAAGACCCGAGAUUUAUUGGACCAUGGAUCAUUGGCGAGUGCGUUGGCAAAGGAGCGAGCGGUCGCGUCAAGAUCGCAAAGCACCGUCGCACAGGGCAGCUCGCUGCUGUCAAAAUUCUGCCUAUCCAGCCAGUGGUAAACUCUCGCGCAUCUCUUGCUACCCAGCAAGCAAAGUCUGAGAAACAACGCCUCGGGAUCGAUAGGGAAAUUAUUAUGAUGAAGCUCAUGAAUCACCCAAACAUCCUACGCAUAUAUGACGUGUUCGAAGGCGACAAGGAACUUUAUCUGGUUCUCGAAUAUGUCGAAGGCGGCGAGCUUUUUGAUUUUCUUGUCAACCGCGGAAGGCUACCUCCUCUUGAAGCUUUGGCGUACUUCAAACAAAUCGUAUAUGCCCUCAACUAUGCACACACCUUUUCUAUUAUACACCGUGACCUCAAACCGGAAAAUAUCUUGAUACACUCAUUAAACCCACCUACAAUCAAGAUCGCUGACUGGGGAAUGGCUGCCUUCGCUCCUCCUGCCCUACAACUAGAAACCAGCUGUGGUAGCCCUCACUAUGCAAGUCCGGAAAUCGUCAAUGGCUUGAAGUACGAAGGCAAUGCGACUGAUAUCUGGAGCUGCGGCGUCAUCUUGUAUGCACUCUUAACCGGAAGGCUUCCAUUUGACGACAAGAAUGUGAGGACGCUCCUAGCCAAAGUCAAGACUGGGAAAUACGACACACCAGCAUACAUCGACCCUAACGCGAAGGACCUUUUAUCGCGAAUGCUUGUUGUGGAUGUAAACAAGCGGAUAACGAUACCCGAGAUCAUGAAUCAUCCCUGGUUCAACAAACCGACUCCAGGGAUAAUUUAUGCGCCUGCCCCUUCCGUUGCUGAUUUAGCCCGACCACUUGUGUCUGCUGACCACAUCGAACUGGAUCUUUUGGAAUCCCUUCGUGUUAUCUGGGGCAAGCAUGGCGAUGUUCAUAGUGUCAAGGUGGAUCUCCUCAGUCCAGCUGGCGAAGGCACACUAGCUAAAGCAUUCUACUUCCUACUACACCAAUAUCGCGAACAAACUAUGAAGGACAAUGGUAUCAUUCUGGACACGAAUGUGUCGCCGCAAUACAUCGGUGGAAAAAUAAUUACAAAGCAGUAUAUAUCUCCUCCUAUUAAAAGGCAUACUAUACGCGAAGGUGAGAAUACUGUGCGUACCUUACACCUUCAUAGUAGUCGCGAAGCUCCUGCACCGCCUUCCCGGACUCCUUCACCAAGGCCUUCUGGCUUGGCGCCACCCUCUCCAACACGGUCUUCUCGCAGUCGACCGCCCUCUCCUCUUGGUCCACGACCGCUCAAAUUCCGUCCUAUCUCCUCCCCGGUCAUUCCGGGGGAAUCUCCCAAACAAAGGUCUUCGGUCGACGUACCUCCAAUAGAUAUUCCGCACAAGAAAGGGGAUCCAGACAGAUUCAGGGCGUCUAGCGUUCCUAGUGUAUCUCCUUACCUCAGGCCCGACCCCCAAGGCCACUUCGCAUACAAUCAGCGUAUAUUCCAACCUCUGCAUGUUCCGGCAUCUCCCCCGAUCAGUUCGGUGGUACGUUUUCCUGUUUCGCCCGCACGCCAUUCUGCUCGCCCUGUCUUGACCUCGAGCACCAUUCACUCGCCUGUUCCGGUCUCCCCUACUUCUACCCGCGAGCAGAUCCCUCUUUUAGAAGCCCCUAGGAUUCAUGACAGGAGCAUUCAAAGCACCAUGGACCAUAUUACUGAAAGGGUAAAUGUAUUGGUAACCCGUGGAAACUCUGUACGUGGACGCCCAGCUCAGUCGCCUGUUCUGGGAAAUGUCGACACUUUCACUAUGGUCGAUCGGCCGUCUCACUUGGGUCGCUCUCGUACAGGACCUACUAUUCGUGAGGAUGAAAAUCGUCACGGACGCCAUGUGGACAAGGAAAACAGGGAUGAAAACGGAAACAAACAUACAUACCACGAGAACGAUAUCAUGCAAAUAUCGGGUGGAUUAGGUUUUGGAAAGGCAAACGGAGGAAAGGUAGGGAGAGAUAUACGCAACAGCAUGCACGGCCAUGACGCUCCUAAACGAGAGGGAACGAAAGACAAGGAACGAAAGGGUCGGACUCCUAAUCUAGAUAUACAUUCACCAGUGCUGCGACCAAGACGCUCGACGCUCGGAUCUCCUUUGCAAAUCCACUCUCCUGCGAUGUCUCUCUUGACUUCCCCAGUUGUGGGGGAAUUUAAGGGGUGGUUCUCGAACCUCUUCAGUUGGAAGGCGCACACCUAUGUCCUCUGUUCGACCGAUAAUAUCUUUACGACGAGGUAUGAAACCACGCGUCUUCUUGAAACGUAUGGCAUCAGUGUGGCCCUUGAGGAGACCGACGGACACGGGCUUUUACGAUGCCGCGUAAACGAUCUUAUAGACACCACAUCAGGAUCCGUUAUCCAAAAGUCUGCUCGUUUCCGCAUAGAAUUCUCUUCGUCGCCAGGAACAUCGCCGCACCCUUCUAAUCCAGGUAGUGCGACUCCUCGCCUGCAGCAGAACUUGAUGUCGCCUGGCGUUGGCUCUGCACGAUAUAGCAUGUCGAAAUUCACCACAGGAGGCUUCUCGUGCGCGAUCGUGCUCAUUCAGGAAAAGGGUUCCGUGUCUACUUUUAGGACCGUUUGUCGAUGGCUGCGGGAUGAAUGGACGCUGGACGCCUUGCAGUCUCCUAUAGUUGGCUCUGAUGGAACCAGGGCUUUUGUGGAAGAUGGACAUUAA